AUGAUUGCGGAGGCUGUGAUUCGCGGACUGCUGUUUCUGUCCCUGGUGCUGGUCGGGGUUCCCGGUAACACCGCUGUCAUCUGCGGCUUCAUCUUGCUGGUGCGCCGCGAGGGCCGCCUCUCGCCUGCUGAUGCCAUCGUGCUGCACCUGUGCUCUGCCAACCUUGUGGUGGUGUCGGUGCGCUGCCUGCUGGAGGUGCUGGCCACCUUCCGGAUCCACAAUGUGUUUGACGACGCCGGCUGCCGGGCGGUCAUCUUCCUCCACCGCACCGCCAGGUCUCUGUCCAUCUGGCUGACCUUCCUGCUGACCGCCCUGCAGUGCCUGAGCGUGGCUCCUCCAGGGUCCCGCCGUGCCGCUGCCCGUGCCCUACUGGCCCGCUCUCUGCCCGCCAUCUUCCUGGCACUGUGGCUGAUCAACACCUCCAUGAGUGUGGCUUCACUGCUGUACUCCAUCGGGGCCCGCAAUGACUCCCGGCUCCUGCAGAACGCCAUCAACGUGGAAUUCUGCUUCCUCAGCUUUCCCUCCAGGCUGGCGCGGGAUGCUAACGGGGCGGCGCAGGUGGCCAGGGAUGUGGUGCCGAUGGUGCUGAUGGCGGCAGGCAGCCUGGUGCUGUUGGUGUACCUGGUGCGGCAGCGGCGGCGAGUACAGGGUCUGCGGGGUACGGCAGGGGGGGCAGCAGAGCGGAGGGCUGCGGUCACAGUGGUCACACUGGUCUCGCUAUACCUGCUGGUCUUUGGGUUGGACAAUGGGCUGUGGGUGUACACGCUCACUGUUUCACAUACGCUGAGCUCCGCGCUGAUCACUGACCUCCGGCUCUUCUUCACCUCACUGUACACUGCCGUCAGCCCACUCCUGAUCCUCGUCUCCAACACACGGCUGCGCUGCGGGAAACAGCCAGAGACCAUGCACUGA